AUGUCUGAGGAAGAAUUGGACGAUACUUAUAGCGAAAAUUACAAUGAAGAUGAAUACGAAAUAGAAACAGAUACACAUGAGCGAUCAUACUCUGGAAUUUCAAAAAUAGGCAUUUACAAUGGCGAUAGAAAUAAUAACAAUGAAAGACAUGGUUAUGGCAAAGCUUUACUACCAAAUGGGGACAAUUAUGAAGGACAUUAUGAAAAUGGCCUAAGACAUGGUUAUGGGAUUUAUAAAUUUCGUGAUGGAGCAAUGUAUAAAGGAUUUUAUAAAAAGGGAAAAAGACAUGGUGAUGGUAUAAUGAUUUACAUGGAUAGCUCUAAAUAUGAAGGAGAAUGGAUAAAUAAUGAAAAGUAUGGCCGAGGAAAAUAUACAUAUAAAAAUGGUGACGUAUUUGAAGGUUUAUGGAAAUCGAAUAAGAAACAUGGUCUAGGUACUUACAAAUAUUCUAAGUCAAAAAAUAUUUUAACAGGAAUGUGGCAUGAAAAUAAAAGAAUCAAAGGAUUUAAAAUUUUUUUUCCUUGCAAAUUUCAAAAUUCUGGUUACAUAUUUCACGGAACAUGGAACGAAAAUGAACUAGUAAAUAUAUAA